AUGGACAUAUCUUUCUUGGCGGGUGUUCCUCGCCAAAACCAACCUGAGGAAAGACGUGCCUCUGACAAUGGUAUUAACAUCCCACCGGCACCGCGGGGGACUCAAUUGUCGCGUGAACUCGAAGCCUAUCCGACUUACCUGGAGAAUGGACGCUGGUAUCAUGGCUAUCGGCGCGGACAGUAUAUGUUUCCCUGCGAUGAGCCGGAACAAGACCGCUUGGAUCUAUUCCACAAAAUGCUCCGUGUGGCUAGGCACGAGAAGCUUCAUCUUGCCCCGAUAAACAUUCCCAACCCAGUGACUAUGGGGGAUGCGGGUCCUCGGGUGCUUGACCUCGGUUGCGGGACGGGAAUCUGGGCCAUGGAUAUGGCAAGAGCGUAUCCGAAAGCAGAAGUCUUUGGAAUUGAUUUGGCGCCUAUCCAGCCGGUCAACCCGCCAUCCAAUUGUGCCUUUUACUCCCCACGAGAUUACGAAAGCCCGUGGCUCUUAGGAGAAGGGUCUUGGGACUUCAUUCACCUGCAGAUGGGUUGCGGCAGCGUCACGGACUGGAAGAAUGUCUAUAACAAGGUCAUCAACCACUUGCGGCCGGGCACGGGGUAUUUUGAGCAAGUCGAGAUCGAUUUUGAUAUGCGAACCCAUGGUUUCACCCUGGCGCCUAAUAAUCCCCUUGCCAUCUGGUACCAGCUCCUGAGGGAAGCCACAGAGGCUGGAAGGAGGCCCAUUGCCUUUGAUCUCAGAACAAGUCAAUAUUUGGAACACGCUGGGUUCGUGGAUAUCACCCAUAAUACGAUAACAUUACCGCUCAGUAUGUGGGGAACUGAUCCUGAUUCGAUGGAAGUCGGGAAAUGGUAUAGCCUUGCUUUUUCGGAAAGCGCCCUGACGCUCCUUUGGGCGCCACUCAUUCGAAUGAAAAACAUGUCAAUUGACGACAUUAGGAAUUUGGCUCAACAAGCAAAAGUGGAAGCAUAUAAGAAGGAUAUCAGGGCGUACAAUGUCCUGCACAUCUAUACAGCAAGGAGACCAACGUAA